ACAUCCGGCGCGGGAGUCCCAAGCUAGCAGCGCGCGCUCCCCUGUUCUCCCGCUGGCUCUCCCCGCAGCGUGAUCCAGGCGCCACCGCUGAGGGGAGGGGGGUUCGCUCCGUCGCUGGAGGCGAGAGGCAGUUUCGGAGUGCAGAACGCCCCCCCUCCCCUGCCUACCUCCCCCUGUCGUCUGCCCUUGUUCUCGCCCUGCUCCGGCUGCACGCAGCCACCGCGGACGCAGAGGAGGAGAGCGCGGACGCCCUAGCGCCCGGCUCGGCCCGGGCCCCGCCGCGGCGCCUCCCUCCCCUCACCCGGAGCCGCAGCGCGCGGCGGCGGCGGCUCCUCGAGCUCGAGAGAUCCGCUGCCGCCGGCGCCGGCCGAGGGCGAUGGGGCUGGGCUGAGGUGAAGCGGCGGCGGCGGCGGCGGCUACAGCGGCGAGCCCGGCCCCGGCCCCACACGGCCUUUUGGCAGCUCCGGACGGGAGGCCUCCCGGGAGACGGCGCGGGGGCACCAGUUAUCUUCAAUUGUUCUGAAGCACACUACCUUUCCAACCACUGUAGAUAUGGACAAAGAAGAAAGAAAGACUAUCAACGAGGGUCAGGAAGAUGAAAUGGAGAUUUAUGGCUACAAUUUAUGUCGCUGGAAGCUUGCCAUCGUUUCUCUUGGAGUGGUGUGUACCGGCGGCUUUCUUCUCCUGCUCCUCUAUUGGAUGCCCGAGUGGCGGGUGAAGGUGACCUGUGUGAGAGCUGCAAUCAAAGACUGUGAAGUGGUGCUGCUGAGGACUACUGAUGAAUUCAGAACAUGGUUUUGUGCAAAAAUUCGCUUCCUUUCUCUAGAAACUCCCCCAUUUUCAAGUUCAAAAUCUCUGGUUAAUAAAAAUGGCCAUGCAGUUCACUUAACUGAAAAUCUGGCUGAAGAGAAUAGGCUUGAGAUGAAUAAAUACUCACAGCCUCAGUCACAACAGAUUCGCUAUUUCACUCACCAUAGUGUGAAAUAUUUCUGGAAUGAUAGCCUUCACAAUUUUGAUUUCUUAAAGGGACUGGAUGAAGGUGUUUCUUGUACGUCAAUUUAUGAAAAGCAUAGUGCAGGACUGACAAAGGGGAUGCAUGCCUACAGAAAAUUGCUUUAUGGAGUAAAUGAAAUUGCUGUGAAAGUGCCUUCAGUUUUUAAGCUCCUGGUUAAGGAGGUUCUCAACCCAUUUUACAUUUUCCAGUUGUUCAGUGUUAUACUCUGGAGCACAGAUGAAUACUAUUACUAUGCUAUAACCAUUGUGAUUAUGUCUGUAGUAUCAAUUAUAAGCUCCCUGUAUGCCAUUAGAAAGCAAUAUAUUAUGUUACAUGACAUGGUGGCGGCUCAUAGUACUGUGAGAGUUUCAGUUUGCAGAGUAAAUGAAGAAAUAGAAGAGAUCUUUUCUACAGACCUUGUGCCGGGAGAUGUCAUGGUCAUUCCAUUAAAUGGGACAGUCAUGCCUUGUGAUGCAGUGCUUAUUAACGGUACUUGCAUUGUAAAUGAAAGCAUGUUAACAGGAGAAAGUGUUCCAGUGACAAAAACUAAUUUGCCAAAUCCUUCAGUGGACAUGAAAGGAACGAGAGAUGAAUUAUAUAGUCCAGAAACACAUAGACGACACACUUUGUUUUGUGGGACAACUGUUAUUCAGACUCGUUUCUACGCUGGAGAACUUGUCAAAGCCAUAGUAGUUAGAACAGGAUUUAGUACUUCCAAAGGACAGCUUGUUCGCUCCAUAUUGUAUCCCAAACCAACUGAUUUUAAACUCUACAGAGAUGCCUACUUAUUUCUACUGUGUCUAGUGGCUGUGGCUGCAAUUGGGUUUAUCUACACUAUUAUCAAUAACAUUUUAAAUGAGGUUGAAGUUGCAGAUAUAAUUAUCGAGUCUCUUGAUAUCAUUACAAUUACUGUGCCGCCUGCACUUCCUGCUGCAAUGACCGCUGGCAUUGUGUAUGCCCAAAGAAGACUGAAGAAAGUGGGUAUUUUCUGUAUCAGUCCCCAAAGGAUCAACAUCUGUGGACAACUGAAUCUUAUUUGCUUUGACAAGACUGGAACCCUUACUGAAGAUGGUUUAGAUCUUUGGGGGAUUCAGCGAGUGGAAAAUGCACGUUUUCUUUUGCCAGAAGAAAAGGUUUGCAGUGAGAUGUUGGUAAAGUCUCAGUUUGUUGCUUGUAUGGCUACUUGUCAUUCACUUACAAAAAUUGAAGGAGUGCUUUCUGGAGAUCCACUUGAUUUGAAAAUGUUUGAAGCCAUCGGAUGGAUUUUGGAAGAAGCAACUGAAGAGGAAACAGCACUUCAUAAUCGAAUUAUGCCAACUGUGGUUCGUCCUCCAAAACAGCUGCUUCCUGAAUCUGCACCUGCAGGAAACCAAGAAAUGGAGCUGUUUGAACUUCCAGCUGUUUAUGAGAUAGGAAUUGUCCGCCAGUUCCCAUUUUCCUCUGCUUUGCAACGUAUGUGUGUGGUGGCCAGGGUGCUUGGGGACAGAAAGAUGGAUGCCUACAUGAAAGGGGCACCAGAGGUCAUUGCUGGUCUUUGUAAGCCUGAAACAGUUCCUGUUGAUUUUGAAAAAGUUUUGGAAGAUUACACCAAACAGGGCUUCCGUGUGAUUGCUCUUGCACACAGAAAAUUGGAGUCAAAACUGACGUGGCACAAAGUGCAGAAUGUUGGCAGAGAUGCCAUUGAGAACAACAUGGAUUUUAUGGGAUUAAUAAUAAUGCAGAACAAAUUAAAGCGAGAAACCCCUGCAGUACUUGAAGAUUUGCAUAAAGCCAACAUUCGCACUGUCAUGGUCACAGGUGACAACAUGUUGACUGCCGUCUCUGUAGCCAGAGACUGUGGAAUGAUACUACCUCAGGAUAAAGUUAUUAUUGCUGAAGCAUUACCUCCAAAGGAUGGGAAAGUUGCCAAGAUAAAUUGGCAUUAUGCAGACACCAUGACACAGAAUAACGAUUCAUCAGCAAUUGACCCGGAGGCUAUUCCAAUUAAAUUGGUCCAUGAUAACUUAGAGGAUCUUCAGGUGACUCGUUAUCACUUUGCAAUGAAUGGAAAAUCGUUUUCAGUGAUUCUGGAGCAUUUUCAAGACCUUGUUCCUAAGUUGAUGCUGCAUGGCACUGUAUUUGCUCGUAUGGCACCUGAUCAGAAGACCCAGUUAGUAGAAGCAUUGCAAAAUGUAGAUUACUAUGUUGGGAUGUGCGGUGACGGUGCAAAUGAUUGUGGUGCUCUGAAGAGGGCACAUGGAGGCAUUUCCUUAUCAGAGCUCGAGGCUUCAGUGGCAUCUCCCUUUACCUCCAAAACUCCUAGUAUUUCCUGUGUGCCAAACCUUAUCAGGGAAGGCCGUGCAGCUUUAAUGACUUCCUUCUGUGUGUUUAAAUUUAUGGCUUUGUACAGCAUUAUACAGUACUUCAGUGUUACUCUGCUGUAUUCUAUCUUAAGUAACCUGGGAGACUUCCAGUUUCUCUUCAUUGAUCUGGCAAUCAUUUUGGUAGUAGUAUUUACAAUGAGUUUAAAUCCAGCCUGGAAGGAACUUGUGGCACAAAGACCACCUUCAGGUCUUAUAUCUGGAGCCCUUCUCUUCUCCGUUUUGUCUCAGAUUAUCAUUUCCAUUGGAUUUCAGUCUUUGGGGUUUUUUUGGGUCAAGCAACAGACUUGGUAUAAAGAAUCACAUCCGUAUUCAGAUGCUUUUAAUACAACAGGAAGCCUAGAUGGCAACUCUUCACAUUUGAAUGAUGAAACCAAUCCUGAUAAACAUAACAUAGAAAAUUAUGAAAAUACCACAGUAUUUUUUAUCUCCAGUUUUCAGUACCUCAUAGUGGCAAUUGCCUUUUCAAAAGGAAAACCCUUCAGGCAACCUUGCUACAAGAAUUAUUUUUUUGUUGUGUCUGUGGUUAUGUUGUAUGCUUUCAUAUUAUUCAUCAUGUUGCAUCCAGUUGACUCUAUUGACCAGGUUCUUCAGAUAGUGUGUGUGCCAUAUCCGUGGCGUAUAACUAUGCUCAUCAUCGUUCUUGUCAAUGCCUUUGUUUCCAUCGCAGUAGAGAAUUUCUUCGUUGACAUGGUCCUUUGGAAAGUUGUGUUCAGUCGAGACAAACAAGGAGAAUAUCGCUUCACCACCACACAGCCACCACAGGAGUCACUGGAUUGGUGGGGGAAAUGCUGCUUGUCUUGGGCCCUGAACUGUAGGAAGAAGAUGCCAAAGGCCAAGUACAUGUAUCUGGCUCAGGAGCUCUUGGUUGACCCGGAAUGGCCACCCAAACCUCAAACAACAACAGAAGCUAAAGCUUUAGUAAAGGAGAAUGGGUCAUGUCAGAUCAUCACCAUAACCUAGCAGUGAAUCGGUCUCAGUGGUAUUCUGGUAGCAGUAGUAGAGUGUAAAUGUAGGACUUUAUCUGAUCCUGUGCGUCAGAAUGGCACCCUUUCAUUUGUACCCCUUCCAAUAUAGUAGCUGAUUUGAGAGCUUUUUUUUUUAAAAAAAAAAACAAAAACAUAAAGAAAUUGGCCUGCCAGUUAAACAGUUAUCUAUAAAGUCCUAUACCUUCAUUCAGUAACUCUAAAUAUUAUAUUUCCAGAACUUGCUUCCUUGUUACCCUCAGUGAUACUCUAUAGGGUUGAGAAGAAAGUUGGUAUCUGAAAGGUGUUUAGAUAUUAUUUUCUAAGACUUAUUAGUUUAUGCCUUUAAAUUUAUUUUCACAGCCCCCUUUUUAGAAAAAGUCAUCAUUUAUAUACAGUCCCUAAAUUUGUGAUUGAUAAAUGAGUGUUCAUUAGCCUCCAAUGAAAAUAGGUUAAAAGCCUGUUUUCAUUUGAUUUCAGUAUUUCUCCCAAAGAAAACUUUGUAUAUAUACACCAGUUCUCUUUGAUAGCCUAAAGUUAGGAGUGAGUUUAGGGUGUUGCUUAUAGAACAACUCAGGUAAUUUCCAUUUAUGGUUCUAUAUUUUCUGUACAGACUGCCUGGGUUUUAUUUUUCUAUCAGCAGGGUACUUCGCUGCUGUCUGAGACGUCCCUCAGAGCUCUUAAGUGCGUCUUGGGCUCCGUCUGGUGUCAGUAGUGUGAUUUGCUUUAGUUAUAUGUUGUUAGAUAUUUCUCAGUAGGAAGAAAGCUUAUUUCUCUUGGCAAUAGAUGUAGAUCUAUCUUUCUAAUAUCCCUUCAUACCUGUUUUUUUCCCCCUCUCAGGUUUUAUAUUAUUUUAAAUGCCUUUUUAUUUUCAUUUACGUCUCAUUACCUAAAGACAUAGGAUAAUUGUCUUUUGGUUUUUUAUGUUUUAGUUUUUUGAGUUAGAAUUUUCCCUCUUAAAAUUUUAAAGGUUUGAUGUAGGUCUCUCCUGCCAAUAAUGAGGCUUAUAAAACGAGCGGCUUUGAAUGACUAUUUUUUCAAACCAGUAUGAACCUGGUGAGUGUGUUUUAUGCCAUUAGGUGGCGCCAGAGGUCAGAGCGUACCUAUUUUGGAUUGGGUGUUUGUAAAUGAACAUAUUGGGUUGUGGAAGUUUCUGGGAGAAAAAAAAUGAAGUUAAAAAAAAAAAAACAUUCAUUGAGCCAAAAGAAAUGUGGAACAUGUUUUUCACCUUUCUGUUUUUCCUGGUUAGUGUUUAAAUUCUAAACAAAAUUAAGGUGAUUUAAAAAUGUCUUUAUAGGUAAGAUCCAGUAGUUUGGCAAAGUCCAGAGUUCUGAUAAACAGGAAAACUGAUACUGCUGUAAAGUAGCUACUAAACUACUAAGACUGUAUGAUCUUAUCCUCUGUUCUUCCUUGACCAGUAGCAUGCUUGUGCUUUCUGCUUCUAGCUGAUCAUUAUCUUCCUGAUACGUAUUUACCAAUUUGAUCACAUGUUACCCAGAACCGUAGAACCACAUGGUUCUCAUUUUUUAUGCUGCAGAGACCUGAUGAUGUUUGGUAACUGUAGAAAAAUGUAAGUUACACUCAGGAUCACUGUUACUGCUAUGGCCACUGAUGAUUCUUACAAAAAUAUAAUCGAAGUUUUCCAUCAAAAAGUAUGAUACUAUAUUAAUACACAUUAGAUGAUAAGAACAGUUGUUCCAUGAAUGAUUCUAUGAAGCUAUGCAUCUUAGACCUCUUGAGCUGUGAAUUAGCACUUUUUUCUAUAGUUACUCUCUUAAUCAUUUUAUAAUUUCCACAUUCAAUUCACUUUCAAUACAUAUGAGUGUAUCCUUUGAUUUAAAUACUGAAGCAUAUAAUUAAUUGCUAAGUAGCAGCUUAAAAUCCAAUUAUUAGAUUGUAUUUAACAUCCUUAAGAGCAUGAUCAUAAAAGAGCUAUAUUUUUGACACCCUCCCCCCUUUUUUAACUUUUAGAUUUUAUAAGGGUUUUAUAUCACAUCUUCCCAUAUUGUUUUCAGAGGAAUGAGGUUUUUAGGUAGGUAGACAAAGCAUUUGUAGGAGGUUAGAUUUGAGUAUAGACAAGGUGGGUUGUCCAGGUUGUUAUUUGAUGGCUUCCAGAAUGUGAUUUGAAGAAUGUCUGUGAGUCCAGGUGUGGGUCCUGCUCAGUGCCAUAGAUAGAGUCCUCCUCUCUCUGUAGGUCACCAUUACAUAGUAAUUUCAAUUCUGAAUUUCACAUUAAAUUAUUUGAGUGUAUACAGAUCUAAAUUUUAAAAUCUGUACAUAUAUUAUUUUGAUGUAUUAAGAUUAAUAAAUAUUGCUGAUUUAAAUUUUAUUUAUGCACAUACUUAAAGGACAGAAAUGUCCAGAAAAGUAAUUGUUAAAUAAUAUGUAACUUUUUAACUUUUUAAAUAAAUAACAAGAUUUUUAAUGUGUGUCUCCCUCAGGGUUGUUUAAAGUUUUUUUUUUUCCCUCCCUCAAAUAUAAAUAGUGGUAACUAUAUGUUUUGUAGCUUUUAGCACCAACUGCUGUAAAGCAAUGCUGCAAAUAAUGCUUGAAUAAAAAGUGGCUAAGCCAACAAUAAAAUAAAAAUUUUUUAUAUUAGUUUUGUAAUCCCUACAUUGGAAAGCUUUCCAAAUUCUACUUGCAUUUAAAUAUAACUGUUGCAGUUUUUACUAUUUAUUUUGUUUCCCAUGUUUAAGAAAAUAACUGCACAGUUUCAAAGGCAUGGAAAGAAAGUUAUAUUAGCAUUUAUGUACUCUGUUCCCAUAAUGGCUAUGGAUCCAGUCUCCAGAGAAGAGCAGAAUUCCAGCUUUAGAAAACAUUCUAAGAUUUCACGCAUGCAGUUUUGACAUAUCUGAAAAUAGACUUUUGUAUAUUUAUGGUGGGAGGUGGUUGGGAACUUUUAACAAAAUGUUAAUUUUUGUACAGUCUGUGGGCAUUUACACAUAUUUUUAAUGCAUUAAGAUUUGGUAAUUAUGUGCACAUUAAAUUAAUAGUUACUUUCUGUUAUGAUUUGUGAAUUCCCUAAGACUUCGGAUUUUUUUAAGUAACUUUAUAUCAGAAAUGAUACUGCAUCUUUAUAUUUUUAAAAUUGUAUUGCUGCUCAAGAAUGGUACCCUGAUGUCAAAAAGGCAUACAUUCAAAUUGUACAUUCAGCACUGUAAAUAACCUUAUGAAUUUUUUUUUGAUUGAAGCUGAUCAAAAUAAAGAUUUAAAUGAAUGAUA